AUGUCGUCGACAAUUUUGCUGCAAGUGGCGACCCCUGUUAGGGCUAUUCCGUUGCCGACCACUCGAGUUGAAGCACCUACAGUUGAUAAAACGACCGCGGUCGGUAUAAUCGCUGGACUUUAUCAGUGGAUCGCAUCCCAGCAGGAUCUAUUGGAUAGCUGUCGCGAUCUGGAGCAAGCGUUGCGGGAGCAAACUCGGAGGGGUGAUCGACUAGAACGGGAACUCCGUUCUCUUACCGAGUCGGCCUCUCCUUUUGUGAUCUUCGCUCAAACUCGUUGUGAUCGCUUUCGUCUGGAUUUGAAUAAUGCACUCGCUGAAUCCGCCUUGCUUCAGGAGACAAUUCGCGCGGGGAUUUGCCACGAGCAGCAAAUUAGCGACCUAAAGUCGAAAUUUUCUGAAAACGACCCGAUCACUUCAUACGCCAAAUCUAAGAGAGCCAAGUACAAGGCAGACUGUACCAAGGCUCAGACCACGGUUCGCCACCUGCGUGCUGCCCUUGACGCUGUAUCAGUGGAGCGCGAUCAACUUCGGGAUGAUCUGGCUGAGUUGGAAGCUGAAUAUGACCGAUCGUGCUCCUUGCUUUCCGAACGUGACGAUGGGGUGGGUCUGCUUCAAGCUACUAUCUCGCAUUUGGAGCUAGAGCGCGAUCAGGCGUUGCGCGAUCGAGACGUUAUUCGAAUGUGCAUUGCCGCGCUCAUUACCGGCCCCAGAUUACCUUCUUCGUCGCGUCCAGUUGAGACUUCCUUAUCCACGAGUGCUCGUGUCAAACGCACUAGUACUUCCGCUCUAACCCCUCAGCCGCGGACCAAGAGAGCCAGAAUCGAGGCUACCUUGCAGUCGGUCGUCAAGAUGACACCCAAGACUCAUCAUCCGACUGCGUCCGGUAUCGUCGCUGAGCCUUCCCCGCCGUGUGAAACUCCGAAGAACAACCGCUCCCGAUCACCCCACAGUUCCACACGAUCUCAAGCAAAACUUACGCCCAAGACUCCCGAUCUUCCCGGACCUGGUGUUCGAAAAGGCAAAGGCAGAGCGCGCAACCCGACGCCUGCUCCGGCUAGCUCGGAUGAUGACGAUUCAUCGGGUGCUGGGCCUCGAACCUUGGCUGCACUCUACCGAUCACGCUCUUCUUCACGGCGUAAGGUCCCGUUGGGUAAUCCGACGACUCCGUCUUCUACGUUACCAGAUUUGAUCGUAGUGGAUACCUCCAGCCCGGAUGUGGAUUCCCCCGCCUCCCCAGUUGCCGCUUAUCUUAGGCCAAAACCCAAGGUUUUCUAA